CUGCAUUUACUUCGUGCUGGAUAUUUUUUGUAUAAAGAGGAAAUGGGUAGUUUCAAUGGAAACAUGGACUCUGUACUAAAGUGUCCAAUACGAACAAUCUACUUUGAGACCUCUAGUGCGUUUCCUGAAAUUAAUUCAUUCACUUAUGAGACAGCUGCUAGUUAUGAUUUACAACUGGAUAUUAUUCGCCUUGAUUUUAAGUCUGGUCUAGAGACUUUGCUUAAGGAAAAACCUACAAAAGCUAUUUUCCUGGGAACCCGAAUUGGCGAUCCAAAUGCUAUUGGUCAAGAACAGUUUUCUCCAAGUUCAACUGGAUGGCCUCCUUUUAUGAGGGUGAAUCCCAUCCUUGAUUGGUCAUACAGGGAUGUGUGGGCUUUCAUCCUAACAUGCAAGGUUCCAUAUUGCAGUCUAUACGAUAAAGGGUAAAAUGUUCUAUUUUAUGUUCUAUUAUUGAAAGGAUUAGUUAUAAGUGAUAUGUAAAUUUAUAACAUAACAUAAAAGUAUAAAACAACAUAUGCAUA